CUGACAAGAAUCUGGAUUGCCCUUUUGCUCAUCUUCCUGCUCUGUGUAAUAUUCCAUGUUGCUCAGAACCUCCAGUGCACCAGCAAAUGUAAAUAUGAUCGCCAGCUGAAGCAGCUUUCCUUCCAGCAAACCAGAGCAUAUGAGAAUUCAUUCCAGGAUCAAAAAGACCCAAACUCUGCCCACUUUUUCUCAAAACCUAUGGAGAAGAGCAUUACCUCACAAAACAUGGUGAAACUGCUGACCCCUGGGAACAGCUCUGUUGAGAAAAGGAGACAUGUCAUGAAGCUGAACAAGGUAUUCAACCAAAUCAAACUCCUGGACACUAGUUUUGGCAGUGAAGAAGAGUUUCAGCAAAAUCCUUCCAUGAAAGAUACAGCACAGGUGCAGAUUCUAAAUUUUAAAAAAAGACAGAAAGACCUGAACCACCGCACCCAAAAAAUUCCUGCAGUGACCUUUUCAGCCAGUAGGAAAUUUGUUACUGCGGCAAAGGCUAGAACUUCCCUGAUCAAAGUGAACAAUUCUGCAACAAAGAUAACUGCAGAUGACCAAGCCCCAGGUGUGAAUGGCCCAUUUCAAAGUCUAACCGAGACAUCGCCAUCUUUCAUCCUCAGCAGAAGCAAGUCUUCCAGUGUUACAAACUCACAUACUCCAAACUCAAAUAUCCCAAAAGGCAGAAACUUGAGUGAGGUGGCAUCAUCAGCAGAUAUAGACAGCAGGGUGCCUCUACCAGAGAAAACAGUUCUUCCAAAGGUUGGAAGAACAAUGGGAGCAAAUAUCACCAGCUUCUCUCAAGGUGCAACAUGCAAGCCCAGGACUCAUAUUGUUUUUCUGAAAGUACACAAAAGCGCCAGUAGCACUGUCAUUAAUAUUUUGUUCCGCUUUGGUGAGACUCACAACCUCACCUUUGCCUUGCCAAUCAAUGGUCUUCAUCAGUUGAAUUAUCCCCAUUACUUCACAGCAGCUGUUGUGGAGCAACUUUCUCCAAGCAAUGAUUCCCGGUUCAACAUUAUGUGCCAUCAUAUGCGGUUCUUUAAGCCAGAGGUUGCCAAAGUCAUGCCAAACAAGACCUUUUACUUUUCCAUCCUCCGCAAUCCUGUUCAACUCAUGGAAUCGUCAUUCACCUACUAUAAAGGGACAUCUGCAUUUUCCAAAGCCAGGGACUUGGAGGAGUUUCUCAACCAGCCUUCCCAGUUUUACAAUGCCUCAGCUACGGACAGCCAUUAUGCCAAAAACCUAAUGGCAUUUGAUUUUGGGUAUAAUCACAACGGGAACUUCUCUGCCAAGCACAUUCAACUCAUGCUGCAAGCCAUUGAAGCAGAUUUUGACCUUCUCCUGAUCUCAGAGUACUUUGAUGAGUCAAUGGUGCUACUGAAGGACACCUUGUGCUGGGACCUGGAUGAUGUGAUGUCCUUUCCUCUCAACAGCAGACACAACAAUACCAAGACCCCCCUUUCAGAAAGCACCGCAGAGAAGAUAAAGAGCUGGAACAAGCUUGACUGGGAAAUCUAUGUGCAUUUCAAUAAGACCUUCUGGGAGAAAGUAGACCAGCAUAUUGGCAAGGAGCGCAUGCAAAAUGAAGUGAGGAUGUUGCAGCAGAAGCGGGAGCAGCUGGCAAAGAUUUGCCUUCAAGGAAGUGGCAGUGUAGCCCCAAAGCUGAUCAAAGACCAGGCACUGGCACCUCUGCAGUAUGGCAAAGCAGUAAUCAUGGGAUACAAUUUAAAGCCUAGCCUAGAUAAGGUAACAAGGCAGAUGUGCCAGUGCAUGGUGACACCUGAACUUCAGUACAAUAGGCUACUGUACAGGAAACAGUUCCCAAAGAAAGCUUUGAAGCACAGCAAUGCAGCUGUCUUGCCUAAACUAUCUAACCGCAGGACAGUUUGAGACAAACAU